AUGAACCAGUGUGUUCCCAGUUGGGAUCUUGAUGACAUUUCUACUCCAUCUGCUCCUAGGCUCUCUCUUCGCUCUUCCACUCCAUCUGCUGAUGUCCCCAUGUUGGACUAUGAAGUAGCAGAGCUGACAUGGGAAAACGGCCAGGUAGCCAUGCACGGCUUAGGUCUGCCGCGCCUGCAGGCGAAGCCUUCAUUAACCCACUGCGAAGUACACCACCUGGGACAAGCCCCGGGCAAUAAACCCCCCUUCGAUUCUUCCGGUGGCGGCGCUAAUGGGGAACUAGUAAGCUGGUUUGAUCACCAUCGCGCUACUGCUGUUCGUUCAACAGCAGUAACGCCCUCCACCACUAUGACUAUGGACGCUUUGGUUCCUUGCAGAAACCAAAGCGAUAACUCAAGUAAUCAUAUGAUGGAGUCCAUGUCCAUGCCUGUUGUGAUUUCAGGCUCGGACGUGGUUGGGUGUUCCACUAGAGUGGAGUCCUGCAGUGGCGCUACAGGCGCCGCCACCCAGGAUGACGACACCAAGUUUUCAGGGAAACACGGGAGUUUGUCAAGUGUCCCCGAAACACCGGAGUGGAGCAGCAGAUCCCAGAGCGUGAGCGGUAGCGCGACGUUUGGGAUGGACAAUCAGCCUGUCACACUUGACAGUACAAAGGGAAGCGAUCAUGACUCCAGGGAGGCAGGAGAUGAAGAUGACAGAAAGAAACGAAAUACUGGAAAAUCCUCAGUUUCAACAAAGAGGAGUAGGGCUGCUGCUAUUCAUAACCAAUCUGAACGUAAAAGGAGAGAUAAGAUCAACCAAAGGAUGAAGACGCUGCAGAAACUGGUCCCAAAUUCCAGUAAGACUGAUAAAGCUUCUAUGCUAGACGAAGUGAUUGAGUAUUUGAAAAAUUUGCAAGCACAAAUCCAAAUGAUGAGCAGAAUGAACAUGCCAGCCAUGAUGUUGCCAAUGGCCAUGCAACAGCAACUUCAAAUGUCCAUGAUGGCCGCAGCCCCAAGAAACAUGGGAAUGGGAAUGGGAAUGGGAAUGGACAUGAACACUAUGGUCCGCCCCAACAUCCCGGGCAUCUCCCCGGUUCUUCACCCGACCGCAUUCAUGCCCAUGGCCUCAUGGGAUGGCUCCGGCGGGGAUCGGUCUGCUUCAGCAACAGUAAUGCCUGAUCCCUUGUCCGCCUUCCUUGCAUGCCAAUCACAGCCUAUGACCAUGGAUGCUUACAGCAUGAUGGCAGCCAUGUAUCAGCAAUUCCAUCAACCUCCAGCAUCUAGUUCUAAGAGCUAA